UUUAUCAUGUAUGUGGACCUGGGACCAUCACACACUCUGGAACUGUCAGGAAUCUGAGAAUCAGGACAGCAGGCUGUUUCCACUAGGCAGUGAGCAUAACGGUCAAGGUGUUGACUGGACCCUCCGCCUCCUUCUCCCAGGACAACAUCUUGUUGGCUCCACAGUCCUUGCUGCCAGAGUUGGUGGGGGCAGGGAGCCACCCAGUCUGUAUCUGUGAUGGGAGUGGGGUGGGGGCCCAGGGUGGCCUGCAUGGUCCCGAGAGCUGUGAGUUGUCAGGACCAGCUCCUGCCUUCAGGCAAGCAAAUGUCGGACCACUCAGGGCUGUAAACACGCUCCCCAGCCACACCCCAGCCGGGCCUUCCUCCUGCUUCAGGGCUCCUCUGGGCCUCCUCUCACCCUGCUGAGCCCUCAUCCUGGUGUGCCAGAGGCAAUGCAGAUUCCAGUCUGAGGCUGGGCUUAGAGACCUCACAGGCUGGCUACUCUUUACUCUGGGGAGGUGGAGAGGGAGGGAGAGCGGCAGGGUUCCUCUUCGCAUGCAAAUAGGAACACAGGGUGUUUCUUGGUGGCUGCAAGGAUAAUGAUGAAACCCCCAGGAUAUUGAGUCAUUGUGCUGGCCAGCUGAUAGCAAGCACUGACCCCGUGCAAUUGCACAGGGGUCGGACAGCUGGAGAAGCGUCUCUCAGGUCCACGGCCCAAGCAGCCCAUGGGAUUUCCUAACCUGAGCCAUCCCUCUCCCCUUCCUUCUCUCUCUCCCUCCUGGCUCCCUCUCUCCCUCCCUCCCUCUCCCCCGUCCUCCUCUCCCUCUGCCCUGACCACUGCCUUGGGGUCACCUGGAGAGGCCACUGCUUCUUGCCACCCGGCCUUCUCCCCCAUCGUGUCUGCCCUCCUGGCGCCAGUCCUGGGCAUGGAGUUUGUCCUGGGCCUGGUGGGGAACAGCCUGGCCUUCUUCAUCUUCUGCUUGCGCACGCGGCCCUGGACGUCCAACACCGUGUUCCUGGUCAGCCUGGUGGUCGCGGAUUUCCUCCUGAUCCUCAACCUGCCCCUUCGUGUCGAUUACUACCUCCUCCACGAGACCUGGCGCUUCGGCGACACCGCCUGCAAAGUCAACCUGUUCAUGAUCGCCACCAACCGCACGGCCAGCGUGGUCUUCCUCACGGCCGUGGCGCUCAACCGCUACCUGAAGGUGGCGCGGCCACACCACGCGCUGAGCAGGGCCUCGGUUGGGGGCGCUGCCCGCGUGGCCGGGGGUCUCUGGGGGGCACUCCUGCUCCUCAACGGGCACCUGCUGCUGACCACCCACUCCAGCCAGUACUGCCUCAGUUACUGGCUGGGCACGAGACCCUCGGCCUCACUCAGAUGGCACCAGGCCCUGUUCGUGGUGGAGUUCUUCCUGCCGCUGGCGCUCAUCCUCUUUGCCAUCGUGAGCAUCAUGCUCACCAUCCGCCGCCGCGGCCUGGACGGGCAGGCGGGCCCGCGGAGGGCCAUGCGCGUCCUCACCGCUGUGGUGGGCGUCUACACCAUCUGCUUCCUGCCUAGCGUGGUCUUCGGCGUCGCUUCCAUCGUGGCCUUCCGCCUGCGUGCCUGCCGCGCCCUGGAUCUCUGCUCGCAGCUCUUCCACGGCUCCCUGGCCUUCACCUACCUCAACAGCGUCCUAGACCCCGUGCUCUAUUGCUUCUCCAGCCCCAGCUUCCUCCGCCAGGGGCGGGCGCUGCUGGGCCUCGCCCAGGGCUGGCAAGGCUCAGACGGCGACAAGAGCACCUACUGGCCCUCCGCCAGGCGCAGGGCAUGCUCUAGGAAGGCGGCGGCCACAAGGAGGCUGCAGGCGGAGGUCUCGGAGGAAGACUGA